GGAGGGGGAGAAGGAGAGGCAGCUUGAGUCCCUCUGAGCGCAGGCUGAUCCAGUUUAGUUAGCUCUGUACAGUGUGUGACUGAGAGCAGCUCCCUCAUCCCUCUACCGCCUGGAUUUCCCUCUCCUCAACCGGCAGAAACCCUUUGUUUUGUUAACAGCCAGCUUUAUCAAUCUCCAAAUUGGUUUCCCAAUGGAAUAAUUCUGCAACUCCUUGGUGUUUAAAAAAAUAUAUAUAUUUAUAAUUCUUUAAGUGUAAAUGGCAGUAGAAGGGAAUGAGGAGCAGCAGCAGCAGCCAGCCCCCGGGGGUAAAUUGCCAGCCCCCCGGUGCCGGGAUGUGGAUGGGACGGUGUUGCCUUUGCUGGGGGGUCUGGCGAGGUACCAGAAGAAGAUCCUGCUCCUGACCUGGAUCCCCGCUGUCCUGAUCGGGCUGAGCCGCAGCUCCGACUGCUUCUUCACCGCCGAGCCGGAGAUCCUGUGCUGGGAGAACCGCAGCAGCAGCAGCCGCUUGGCCGGAGCCCCCGGGGAACACGCCGCUCACGCCCUGGUCUCCGUGAACCGGAGCGGCCGGACACUCACCCACAGCGGCGGCGGCGGCGGCGGGGGUGAGGGUGGGGGUGAACGGGCGGCGGAGAGCAGCCCCAGCCCCAGCCCCGGGUCCGGGUCCGGGUCCGGGUCCAACAGCAGCAGCCGGGGCUGUCAGUGCACACACCGGCAAUACAGGAUCCCCGCCGCCCUCACCCAGAACAUCGUCACCAAGUGGAACCUGAUUUGCAAUUCUUCAUGGAAAGUCCAUAUUGCCAAGUUUUCAUUACUGGUUGGAUUGAUUAUUGGUUAUUUGGUGACUGGAAGCUUAGCAGAUUGGAUCGGCCGUCAGCUGGUGCUGGUCCUCUCGGUCAUGUUCGUAUUGGUCUUUGGCUUAACAGUAGCUCUUUCUGUGAAUGUGACUAUGUUCAGCACACUAAGGUUUUUCGAGGGAUUCUGCCUGGCAGGGAUAUUUCUCACACUCUAUGUAACACGUAUUGAGAUUUCCCUCCCUCGACACCGAUUCAUGAUGACCAUGGUAGCAAACUUCAUUGCAAUGGGGGGUCAGCUUCUUUUGCCAGGCCUUGCUGCCCUUUGUCGGGACUGGCAGAUUUUGCAAGCUAUCAUUAUAUGUCCAUUUAUUUUUAUGAUCCCUUACUGGUGUAUUUUCCCAGAAUCACUCAGGUGGCUGUUGGCCACACACCAACUACAAGCUGCCAAAGAGCUAUUUCUGGAGUUUGCCCGUAAUAAUAAAAUAGAUGCGGAAGAUGAUGUCAAAGAAUUUCUUCCAGAAUUUGACAAGGAGCCUAAGCCAAGGCCCAAAAAGACAUUCAUCGUCAAAUUGCUUUAUACAAGGAUCUUGUGGAAACACAUUUUAGUACUUUGUGUGAAUUCCUUGACAGGAUUCGGGAUCCACAAUUGUUUUGCAAAGAGUCUGAUGGAUCGUGAUAAGCACCGUUUCAAAAACUUCUACACCCACUACUAUAUCAUGGAAGUGAUUGGCAUUUUGUCCUGUGCUGUCAUGUGUGUUCUCGUGGGACUAAUGGGCCGUAGAGGCACGUUGCUUCUCUUCACCAUCCUCACUGCACUGGCUUCCCUCCUUCAGUUGGGCCUUGUAAGCUAUCUGGCCACAUACUUGAGCAAUCCAUUGUCUAUAGUGUUCUCCAUUGUUGGCAUGUUUGCUUCCCAUUCAGUAGGAAAUCUAAGCAUCUUUUUCUGUGCUGAACUCACACCCACUGUGAUCAGGGGUGGAGGACUGGGCUUGGUUUUGGCUAGCGCCGGGUUUGGCCAGUUGACAGCACCAAUCAUGGAGCUUCAUAACCAGCAAGGCUACUUCCUUCACCAUGUGAUCUUUGCCUGCUGCACAGUCAUCUGCAUCAUUUGCAUAUUGCUCCUGCCCGAAAGCAGAGGACAGAACCUGCCUGAAACCAUAGAGGAUGGUGACACCUACACCAGGCAGCCGUUCAUCCCUGCCAAGAAGAUCGAACAGCCCCUACUCUCAAACAACACUGAGCUCAAGGACUAUUCAGGGCUCAAUGAAAACCCAAACUCCGAGCUGACUGCUGAUAGCCCCACAGCCAAUGGCACGAGGUCCAAAUGAUUUUAUUUAACGUUUACAAUUGUGUUUAUUUUUGCACAAAUUUCAUCCAGCAGCUGGUUUUCUUUCGUGAAAGGAUAAUUAAUUAACGUGGCUGCUCUUUGCAGAUAUGUUUUAAUUAUGGAUGAGGCACCUUUUUUUUUGUUUUUAAAAGACUACUUACAACAUUAAGGUUCGCUCUCCCCUGACACCAAAGGGAUGGCGUUUUUGACGAUUGUCCAAUAAUGUGAAGGGAACUUGGGGAGCCUUUUGGUCAUUUUUGGCUGCCUGGAACAUGCUGUUCAAUCUGCAACGGAAGGAGAUGCACUACACUUGGGAGGGGAAAGACAGCAUCAAAAAGGACUGUACUCAGCGAGCUGCUAUACCACUGAAGGAGGUUUGGAAGGUUAAUGUUGAAAGAACUGUGUGAAAGAUCAAGAUGAACUACAGCUCCACUCACCGCUUAGAGUGUCCCUGGAAUUGUUGUCCCUCUCUGUGACUCCUCAUUAUCUGACCCACCCCCCCUCCUCCCCACCCACCCCAACAAACACCUCAGCUAUCGCCACAUGAAAUAAUCUGUUUUGCUUUUUAUUUAAAACUUGGGUUCGAAAUUACUUCCCAUUUGACAAACUAAUCCAUCUUUUUUCGUCUGAAAAGCAAAGUGCAAAUUGUACAAAAUCCCUUUUGACAGUUUUUUUCCCCCCGCCAGCUCUGUUUUUUUCAAAAUAAGGAACUGAUGGACUAUACUAAUGUUUGUGAUUUUAAUGCCAGCAUUUUCCUCCCCCUCCCACUUUUAAUUGUAAAUUACAGUGUUUUGUUUUGUAUCUUCUAGGCUGUGGUAUGCUACUAAUCAUUUUUUUAAAAAAAAAUUAUGUACAGGAAUAAUUUAAGUGUUAAAAGCAUGAAUUUUUAAAUGAUUUCUCCAUGACACACUUUGUACUUUACGAGUGGUAUAUCAGAUCACUGGUAACAUCAUCGCCAUCAGAGUUUUUCCCACCAGCCAAAGUCACAAGGGGUGACACGUAUAUUUCCCACCUCUUUGCCCACUUUUAAAUCGAGGUGAAUCACUGAGGCACGUAGUUAUCCUGACACCUGUGACAUUGCAUUUCAUUAUUCAACUGACCGUUAUGUCUGAAUUCAAUACACGUGUCGCCAAAAGUGCUGGAGUACACAUCAUUAAAGUAACAUAGUGGAUAUUUUAAAAUGCAAAUAAAGUAAUUGUCAUUGUUCACUUUC